AUGUUUUCUCGACAAACCUUCGGUAUCAACACCGACCGAAUGAGACGCAAACGUCUUGGUCAAAUAACCACUCGGCUAUACAUUGUUCUACUUAUUAUCGGUCAUGUUAUUCUUAUCCUACAUGUCAUAAUUCAACCUCAAAUUCUGACGAAAACCUUUGAUCAACCAUCACUUACUACUUAUAAUCGUCUCAUGGUUGAUCACAGUGAUACACUUCAAUGCCCUUGUUCAUCUAUUUCAUCAAUAUAUGAUCGAUAUGUCAUAAUUGAGCCAGUGUUUCAUCAGGUAUGUUCAAGUCCAUUCUCAUCGGAUCACUGGCGCGACAAUGUCACAGCUGAUCUUGUUCCUGAUGUUUCUGUUUAUGAUGCUAGAGAUUAUCGUCGUUUUCUCUCAGCGCAUCUACAAUGUUUGACUGGAUUGUGUAAUCUUUCUAUACAAUCAGUUAAUAAUUCGAUUGGUCAAUUACUUUCAUCACUAUAUAUCACUACUCAACUUCAAUCGCCAAUAGCUUUUCAGACACACAUUGAUUCAAUGGUACAACAGAGUAAAUCUGCUGCCCCUGCAGCAUUUGCUCGUCUUCUUUCGAUACUACGGGCUACAAAUCAUGGCAAUGCGAUUAUAUCGUCGUAUGGAACUAAUUUCAAAUAUUAUUUUCCUCGUUGGUUUGGUACGAAAUUUGUUUUGGGUACGUAUGCUCUUUGA